GGACUGAGGAGCUCUGCUUAUUGACGUUGUACUGAGUGCGAAGUCCAGAUGUGACUACAAUGUCCUCUUCGUCAAACACUCGACCCUCGUCACAUGCAGAGCGAAGGGUUGCUAACGAAAAUGGCCCUGCUCGAGCGCGCGCGCCGUCUGCGCAGGAAAGAGGGAGCAAAAGUCCACGAGCAGAUCCUCGACGGUAUCCACCGACUUCUGCGUCUGGAACUACGCACAGAAGGGCUGCUUCGAGCUCGCAGGGCCUCAAGGGAGCAGUAGAAGAGCGCCGCACGGAGAGGGUUCAGGUCACAACAAGGGAAACAUUGACCUCCAGAGCUAGAAGCCCUGAACGACGGUCAGGCCCACCAGUGCAACAACAAGAGCGGGCAAGGCAAAGUGAAGUUAGCAGGGCCACUUCUGGAGAUACCAAGGCCAGGCAAAGCAGAACAGCAGAAGCACCACAAGUACCAUGGAACCCAGAGGCCUCGUUGGUGCCCCAUACGACCGCGCCUCUAGCAUCACGAAUAUCUAUACCUCCCCUUGCUUCACAGGUUCCACAAUCAAUUCAACCCCGGCCCCUUCACGAGAUGUCCUUGGAGGUCCAGGAAGCUGCUAUCUUGGAAGAUCUACUUUUUGUUUUUAUGGGCUACGAAGGCCAAUAUAUUCGAUUCUCGAAAAACUAUAAUCCUACUGUAGAAAAAGAUCGUCUUGCAGGGCCUAGCUUUAAGAUCUUACCGGGAUUGGACCCGAGUCUUCAGGACCUGACAACGACCAUGUUGAAAAUGGCUACUCAUUACGGGGCGGUUGAGGCUUUUGUGGAAGUGCAAAGUCGAGAGGAAUUCGGAGCCGUGAACCACGCUCUUUGUGCUUCAAUUCGGAAGCUGUUGCAUGAUUAUUUGAUCCUCAUCGCGCAAUUGGAAACGCAAUUUCUCACGAACCCGUCCUUCACGUUACAUGUGCUAAAUCUUUAUACGCUGCCAACUAGCCACAUGAUGUUCCAGCUGUACUCACUGGCCCAUGAAAUCUUGAAACGGAACUCGCUACUGGAAGAGGACCUCGAGGACUCUGAUGGCGACUUUGAUGAUAUCGAGAACAUUCUGGAGACAUUAAGGGAGGGUGGAGAUCUAGGACCAGGGAAUAUACCGGGAAAGAAGAUUUGCAAAGGUGGUAGUGUCUUGGGCUUAAUCACCAAGCGAUUAGAGACAAUGUCUGGAGAUCCUGCGGCUCGGUCUCUCCUUACUUCAUUGCUGCGGGACUCCAGUCGGCCCUAUAUGAUGAUGCUGAACGAAUGGCUUCAUCAUGGCAGUAUCAAAGAUCCCCACGCAGAAUUCCUGGUCAGGGAACAGAAAAGUAUCAAACGCGAGAGGCUUGAGCAAGAUUACACAGACGAAUAUUGGGAGAGACGGUAUACGAUUCGGGACAAUGAUGUACCGCCGCAGCUUGAAGGCGUGAAGGAUAAAGUCUUGCUGGCGGGCAAAUACCUAAACGUCGUUCGAGAGUGCGGGGGCGUCGAUGUUAGCAAGGCUGUUAAGGACGUUCCUCGGUCCUUCGAUGAUAAUCGGUUUUUGGACAACGUUAACAGCGCUUAUGCUCAUGCCAAUGAAUCCUUACUAAACCUCCUUCUCACCACUCACGCUCUCCCAGCACGCUUACGAUCAUUGAAGCACUACUUCUUCCUCGACCGAUCCGAUUUCUUCACCUACUUCCUCGAGCUCGGAGCGUCAGAGCUGAGGAAGCCUGUUAAAGCUGUUAAUACGAGCAAACUGCAGUCAUUACUUGAUAUCGUCCUACAGCAGCCAGGAAGUGUUGCUGCCCAUGAUCCCUUCAAGGAAGAUGUUAAGGUUGAAAUGAACGAGAUCAGUCUGACCAAUUCCUUAACGAGAGUGGUGAAUAUAUCUGGGAUAGAACAGGGAGAAACUCUACAAACUCCAGCAUCCCAACCAGUCAAUGAAAGUGACAAGAGUGCUGUGGGAUUCACCUCUCUGCAGCUGGAUUACUCGGUUCCUUUCCCGGUAUCCCUCGUGAUUAGUCGAAAGACUAUCUGGAGAUACCAGGCUCUAUUUCGCUACUUGUUGUCAUUGCGAUACCUCGAACAGCAGCUUGUCAAUUGCUGGCAGACCCAUAACAGGGCAGCCAGUUGGUCUCAUAAGAGCUCGAACAAAGAAUUGGAAAUGUGGAAACGGCGUGUGUUCACACUACGAGCUCGUAUGCUCGUCUUCGUUCAACAGCUUCUGUACUUUUGUACAGCAGAGGUCAUUGAGCCAAAUUGGCAGGCCUUGAUGGGAAGGCUGAAUACAAAGGAAGACAAUAAGGAUGGCGCUGCACCAGCUGUUCGCACUGUUGAUGAACUUAUGCAAGAUCAUGUCGAUUUCCUUGAUACUUGUCUGAAGGAAUGCAUGCUCACUAACAGCAGACUGUUGAGGAUCCAUUCCAAGCUUAUGCAGACCUGCACAAUGUUUGCGACGUUCACUAGCUGGUUGUCACGAGAACUACAGCAAAAUGACCCGGACUUGGCCGGUACAAAGAAACCGAACACUAUGAGCAAACAACAAUGGGCACGAUGUCAAGCGGAACGGCAACGACAUGGCGAUUCGACGUCAUCUAACUCCGGUGCUGGCACUGCCCCUGAUGAGGCACGACUUGAAAAGAUGUUUGAUGUUAUAAAGAAGUAUGAGUACAACUUCAGCCGGCAUCUGCAAAUCUUGUUGGAUGCUCUGAAUCAUUAUGCGGCGACUGAGACGGUUGUUUUGUUGGGGCUUUGCGCGAGGUUAAGCACUGCAAACCAGGGGACGCAAUACAGCGGUCUCCGGAAUGAUGAGGAUAACGGAGCCCAGGCGUAAUGGUACUGUGCCCAUUAGAUUUCGCAACAGGAUUUGGGUGUGGAAUUUGUGAUAUCCAUCGGCGUUGGGGCUGGAUUGAAGCGAGUUCUAGAGCGACGGCGUUGAAAAACCUGCACAGCGUGGAUAUACCGUGUUGUGGUGGAAGCUAGGUGAGAAUAUUGAUUGAUGUUACGAUGAUGCUCUAUGAUAUUGACUCCAAUACGACUGGCGGCAAGAUGAAAAAGACG